AUUUUUUUCUGCAAAAUCUUAUGUCAACCAUUUUUUCAUCUAUAUUUCAUCAUGAUACUUUGAAUAUUCAGUGUAUAUUUAAUCAAAUAUUUUAAAUGAUGAAUUCAAUGGCGACACCUGUAUUUACAUCAUUAUCAUCAUCACCAUCAAUGAUGUCUCCAUUGACAAAUUAUUCAAAUCAAUUGUCUUUCAUUGUGAAUACAACGGCAGCCAUUUUGCCAUCAUCAACAAUUUUAAAUAAUCCAAAACAUGACAAUCAUCCAUUAUUGCAGCAACAUUAUUAUUCACAUUUACAAGCAUCAUCAUCACCAUCUGAUAAUGAGCUAACAGAUAAUUCGAACAUAUCGAAUCUAAAUUCAUUAUUUCAAUCAACGACGAUCAUAUCGCCAUCAUCAUCAUCAUCAUUGUUAACAUCAAUUACAAAUCAAUCAGUUAAUCAUCAAAAUCCAUAUAUAUUCUAUUGUCAAGAUGGUCUUAUACUGCCAUGUUGGCAUUCUGAUGGCACCCAACAAACAAUGGUGUUACAUGGAUUUGUGUAUUUAUUUGCAUUGAUUUAUAUGUUUGUCGGUGUGGCCAUUAUUGCCGAUCGUUUUAUGUCAUCAAUUGAACAGAUUACCAGCCAAGAACGUGAUAUUAUUGUAAGACGACCGGAUGGCCGUAAAGAAAUUGUAUCCGUUAGGAUAUGGAAUGAAACUGUUUCCAAUCUUACGUUAAUGGCCUUAGGAUCUUCAGCACCAGAAAUUUUACUUUCUGCAAUUGAAAUUUAUGCACAAAAUUUUGAAGCUGGUGAAUUGGGACCCGGUACUAUUGUUGGAUCGGCUGCAUUCAAUAUGUUUGUUAUUAUUGCAAUAUGUGUAUGGGCUGUACCGAGUCCAAAUGUUAAAAAAAUUAAAUACCUCCGUGUGUUCAUCAUUACAAUGUUAUUCUCUGUAUUUGCUUAUGUUUGGUUAUUGAUCAUAUUAGUAUGGUCAUCUCCGGGUGUUAUUGAAAUCUGGGAAGGAUUAACGACAUUAUUUUUCUUCUAUCUGACUGUACAAUUAGCUUAUAUUGCCGAUAAACGUUUAUUAAUUUAUAAAUAUCUUGAUAAACAUUAUCGUUUCCGACGUAAUCGCCUAUAUGAAUCACCACAAUCGAAGCCACCGACAAAAAUGCAAACAUCAAGUUCUACCACCAACGAAGACGGUACAGGAGAAGAAAAAAUGGAAUUGAACAAUGUUAAUGGUCAAAUUAAAGAUCAAAUUGAUCAACAACAAUCUUCACAGCCUCAAUCCAUAAUAGAUCCGUUGCCUGUUAAAGAUCAAUCAAAUUCCGCUCAACAAACACAAGAUAAUCCCAUCGAAAUGCUCAACAAAAAUGUCAAGUAUAUUGAUGCCAGUGAAGAGGAUUUAAGAUUGAUCGAAGAUCAUCGCGAAAACGUGAUCGAAAUUUUGAAAGAUGUUUAUUCACGCCAUCCUAAUGCAACAUUAGAAGAGCUCGAAGCAAUUGGUCGUGCUGAAAUUCUAAAACUUCAGCCAAAAAGCCGUGCUUAUUAUCGAAUGAUUGCCGCACGGCGAAUGCUUGGCUCAAGUACUGAUUUACCUAAUGAUUCAUAUAGUUCUCGUGAUUCUCUUUCGAUUCAAGCUCCACCUACACCAUCGGCAAAAAACAAUAAACACCAGGAUGAUUUGGAAAUGAUUUCCUCCAGUGAUGUUCAAGAAAAAUUUAUGAUUCACGUAAAAUUUGAUCCAAAAGAAUAUACAGUGAUGGAAGAUGUUGGACAAAUGUCAUUGACUGUUCGUCGUCUUGGUCCGGAUCUUGAUUCAUCCAUUAUUGUUCAUUAUCGAACAGAAGAUGGUACGGCUAAAGCGGGUACUGAUUAUGAACCGGCUUCUGGAUCGAUAAUUUUUGGACCUGGAGAAUCAUAUAAACAAAUAGCAUUGACUAUUAUUAAUGAUGAUGAAUUUGAAGAAGAUGAACAUUUUUAUGUACGAUUGUUUGAUGCUAAAUAUGCAUCCGUGGCUAUGGAUUCGGAAGAGAAUCAAAAACCAAUCAUUAACAUUGAAGAUGAUCGUGCUCGUAUCAAUAUAUUAGAUGAUGAUCAUUCGGGUGUAUUUUCAUUUGUUAACAAUGUCUUCCAAAUACCUGAAACCAUUGGUGUUUAUCGUUUAGAUGUAAUUCGAUAUUGUGGUGCGCGAGGUACGGUCGCAGUACCUUAUAAAACUAUUCCGGCAACAGCUAAACCAGGCGAAGAUUUUGAAAUGAGCGAAGGACAUAUAAUAUUUCAUAAUAAUGAAACAAGAAAACAUAUUAAUCUUUCCAUAAUUAACAAUGUAAAUUAUGAAAAGAAUUCCAUAUUCUAUGUCGAACUUUAUGAACCACAUCGUCGAGAUGUUGGUGAUGAAUUGGAUGAACGAGGUGCUCCACGUUUGGGUGACCUAACAAAAUGUAUGAUUCGCAUACGUGAAUCUAAAGAGUUCAAGCAAAUUGUAGACAGUUUGAUGCGGCGAAAGAAAACAUUAGGCUAUGCUGAUCGUGCUGGAUCAUGGGAAAAUCAGAUUAUAACGGCGGUCAAGAUGCAUAAAUUAAGUGCUUCUUCAUCAUUGAGUGAAGAUGUUGAAUGUUCAAAACGAGAAACAUUGGACGGAUCAAAAGAUGAAGAGAUAGAUGCCGGUGAACGAACCUGUUGCGAUUAUUUUAUCCAUUACGCCACAUUUUUCUGGAAAAUUGCUUUUGCUUUUGUACCACCAGCGACCAUCUGGAAUGGCUGGGCCUGUUUCCUUGUAUCGAUUUCAAUGAUUGGCGUAUUGACUGCAUUGAUCAAUGAUUUGGCAUCACAUUUUGGGGCUACUGUUCAUCUAAAAGAUUCAGUCACAGCUAUAUCAUUGGUUGCAUUAGGCACAUCCGUACCGGAUACAUUUGCAUCUAAAAUUGCAGCUGAAAAUGAAAAAAAUGCUGAUUCGUCUGUCGGAAAUGUCACCGGAAGUAAUGCUGUAAAUGUUUUUCUUGGUAUUGGUGUCGCAUGGACAAUGGCGGCCAUUUAUCAUGCUAUAAAAGGUACACCAGGAGGAUUUCAAGUGGAACCGGGAAGUCUUGGAUUUUCAGUACUUUUAUAUUGUAUUUGUGCCUUUAUCUGUGCAGCUGUAUUGAUGAUACGACGUGCAUACUUGGGUGGUGAACUUGGUGGACCAACCAUACCGAAAAUCACGACGGUUAGUUUUUUCGUAUUCUUAUGGUUAUUCUAUCUUGUUAUGUCUACACUCGAAGCUUAUGGAUAUAUCCAAGGUUUCUGAUCCACACACACGCACACACACAUAAAAAUUCCUCAAUAUUUCACACAUCAUACUCAAAUUCGAAUUAAUCAUCCAUUCCGCCAUUUUUUGUUGUUUUUAUUAAUCUUUUUAUC